CUUACCUACCAUGCAAGGAUCCGUUCUUCCCGCCCCGCACUUCGGCGCUGUUUCCUGCUGGUUUGCCAAACCCUCUGCACUUGCGGUCUACCUCUUCGGUCCCAUUACGAUCCUGCUCGCCAUCAACCUUGUUUGUUUCUGUUUGUCUGCGUACAAACUUUGCACCAUCAUCAAACACUCGGACAGGACAACCACACAUUUCGUUCAGUACCUGAAACUCUUCCUCCUGAUGGGCGUGUCGUGGAUUUUUGAAGUCAUCUCUUUCUUCGUGGACGAUUCCGGCAACAGCAUCUUGUCGUAUGCCUGGAUUUUCUUCGACUUCGUGAACAUCAUGCAGGGAGUUUUGAUAUUCGUGGUGUUCGUGUGCCGGCCGAGCGUCUUGCGUCUGUUGACGCGGGCUCUAUGCGGCGCCCGCUGCUCCAGCCGCUGCUUCGCUCCCGUCGAAGAAAAAGAUCGCAACGACACCGAGGUUGCUCCAUGCAAUACUGUUGUCUGAAUCAACAUUCGCAUUCUUGA